AUGUGGUACCAAGCCGAUGAAGAAGAAGAUGACGAUCUUAUGUGCUCACCGGCCAUACUCGCGCGGCGCGCGUCCGAAAGUUGGAUAAAUGUGCCUCCCGUAGAGAUACUGAGCACCCCGCAGACCUUACAACGCAAGAAGUCGCUCCCGGACGUUGCUGCCAUGCCACGCCUGCCUGACGGUGGUGGCAUGUCUCGGGAAGAAGUCUCCGCCCUCGGCUCCGCUCGUAGAGAGGAAGUCCGACGCAUGCACGAAGAGACAGAGAAACUGAGAGCCAACCCUCUCCUCUACUUAGUCAGUCCGCAAGUUAAGGACUGGUUUUCACGUCAGCAGUUAGUAAUUCUGGUAUUGUUCAUAAACAUCUCGCUAGGGAUCAUGUUCUUUAAACUGCUGACGUAG